AUGGGUUCUAAUUCUCCCGCACAAAUGGAUAGUCAAGAUCUAGAAACUCAACCAUUGUUAAGAUCAAACAUCCAAGAAAACCAGCUUGUCAACGAUGAAGUGAGAAUUAACGUGACGAAUAAGUCGUUAAAUGAAACUCGUAGAAAGAGUUUGAAACGUUUGAUCGUUUAUCUGCUAAGCAUCAUCUUAUUAGGAUUGUUUGGUAUCAGCAUAGUCCAUUAUAUUAGGGGACAUGUGCCGCCCAAAGAGGUGAUGGAAAAAAGUUUAGUUGAAGUGACAAAUUUUAAAUUGGUGGAGUUUCAGCUCGAUGGCUGGAAAGAUGAUGUGCAUUCUAGUCUGAACAAUGAUACAGGAAAGUAUUUACAGGUAACUAUACACUCUCAGCUUUGGUUUGAUUAUGAUAACUGGCCAGGUGCAUACAACGAUUCCGAUGCCCGUAGCCAGCGUGAUUUGGUACGAUACGUUAAUGAAAAAGUGCUUAAAACAAUUUGUAUAAACUUGAAUAACGUGACUACGUUUGAUGGAGAUCUGGUAUUCAAGGAUAAACUGGGAGAUGUUGUUGGUAUGGACCCCAUUUGUCUUGAUUUGACCCAUCGGAAAAUCAAUGAACUACAAUUCAAAGUAUUAGUUAAACCGUCCAUUUGGAAAAUCGUAAAAGUUUUGAAAAAAUUCUGGAGCGGCGACUACGAUUCGUUAAAUUUAAAAUCUAAACUAGAUAUGGUUAUUUUCAAGAAAAGAUUUGGCAUGAGACUCAAUUUACUGAAACUUAAUAACGAAGUCUUAAAUUGGAAUAAUAUCGUAGACUGGGAAAAAAUGUUAUCUGCGCCCCUUCAAAUGGUUCAACAUAUGAUCGAUGCAGUUUCCAUUCAAGGAUUUACGCUCAGGGACUCCGAUUCUGGUGGAUUUCAUGCUGAUAUGAAAUUGAAUCCAAUUACGAUUCUCAGGGAGUUGGAUUGGCUUCGUCUUCCGCCAGAUGCGACAAUACCUUUCAUCAACUGGGAGAUCAAGUUACCGGACUGUAACGGCGAACCUACUAUCGUAAUUCCAACGCUGUCAUGCUUUAACGAACCGAUUAGUUUGCACCAUGACAGGGAUAACAUAGUAGUCUGUUUGCAAAAUGAAAUUGAAGGCCCGCUACCCGAUGAUUUACUGUACAACAAAUGUCCUCAAAACAAUCUUACGCCAAUGAGCCAGAUAGUGAAUGCGGUUCUGAACCAGAACGAAACUGUUACGUUUGCGACAAGGGGCCAUGUCGUUGAAGAUAGUUCAGACAAUGACCCCCUGAUUCCUGUCCACAUGCUCGAUAGCAUCCUCCAAGAGAUAUCAUUCAUUCCUAUGACCACGAACGCUACAUUCAAUUCCAGCGAAUUGAUUCAAGAGUUCCAGAUCAACGACCUACAAUUACGGUGGGCGGCGCGCAAAAAGCUCAGCCUAGUGGGGACAUUCUUGGGAUUUUUUGAUCUAUCCUUCUACGAGACACACCAGCGUGACCAACUUCGCAUCGACACCAUUCGGGGACAGAUCGAUCUGUACCAUAACGAUAUCAAUUUCCUAAAUUUACCCAUGGAACAAUGGGUCAACUCCACUUCAUACAUUCUGCAUGACCAGGAUACAGGCAAUACCCAGAUGCAACUGCAAUUCGAUCUCGAAAACGACGACAUGAAAAUCGUCGAUAGUCUGGAGCUCACUCGUACCUUAAAUGAAAUAGUCUUUCAAGGUUUUACAGCAAUCCACUUCAACGCUACAAUCGACGCGUCACUCACGACGGCGCUAGGCCCCUGCAUUCUCACUGAAUUAACGGGAGAGGGUGACACUUUGGUCACGUGA